UGUGAGCUGCACCAGUCCCAAGAGCCACUAACUCCGAGACAUUCAGCAGUCAGGAAGCAUCCAGCCUGAUUUCUGCAGCUGCAGUGCACACUUCUCUCAGUCCAAGACAGUGCUGUUCUGAGUUCACCGAGCUUAUUCAAAUCGCAGCAAGUCAUCACACCUGAGACUGAUGAGGAUGCAGCAGCACUCACACAGCUUUUUGGUGCUUCUACUCAUAGCUUUCAUUGCUGGGAUAGUCUUCUCUGGUCCCCCGACUACCUACAGGAGCAGAGUGAGGCGCCAGAACAUGAAAGUCCGAAUCAGCGCCACUGGAGACACCAUUGUGAUGAAGUUUGUACGACCCAACGCUGACACUAAGCUUGAAGGCUACAUCCUGGGUUACGGCAGCAGCAUGUUCUCCAAACAGUUCAUUAAGCUGCCGGAGAACGGGCAACCGUACGAAACCGAAUUUGAUGCUGAGCCCAAGUACCUUAUAGCUGUCCAGCCCACCCCAUCAAAUGAGGUUAAAAAGCAGUGUACCGGUAAAGUGGAGCUGGAGAAGCCGCUACAUGUUGUUAUCGGAUCGGUGACACCCACUUCAGUUCUCCUGUCCUGGGGGACGCUGCUUAAAACGCCCUAUGAAGCAAAUGUCAUGAAUGACUGUAUAGAAGAUGGACACUACAUGGUGCGUUAUCGUGAGAAGAACAGGAAGUGGAACUACCAGACCUGCCCGACUAGUGAUACAGUUAUUGACAAUCUGAAGCCAAACACAGUCUAUGAGUUUGGUGUCCAGCCUAAUUCUAAAGAUGGCACAGGGAUAUGGAGCAAACCAGUCCUUCACAACGUCAGCAUGGCUGGCACAGAGGAGAGAGUCAUCAGGAAAAUCUAUAAACGACCAGUCAACCCUGUGAAGCCCUUAACACCAGGUUCUCACUCAUUCCCCUUCACUCCUCAACACGUUCCCCAAAACAGGACCUGGGCCAGACAGCCCACCCUCCACAACUUAGUCCCAAAAUCAACUCUUGCUCCUACCACAACUGCUAGACAGGAAUUUCUGCCGACCCCUAGGCCCAAACUGCCUGUGGUCAACAAACCGCCAAUUGGAGGAGAGCUUUCGAGAUCCGAGAUCCCUCCUUUCCUGGAGGUUCCACUAGCUCCCAGACACCAUUCUCAACUACACAUAACAGCCACAAUGGCAUCUGUGCCAGUAUACCAGACCAAACAUGGAGGGAAUAUACCAAAAAAGCUCCAGUCCAGUACAGUACAACCUCAAUCAGAGUACAGGCAUCAGCCCCAAUAUCAACCUCCACAGCUAAAGCCCCAACCUACACAACCUCCACCAAAACUCACCACUCAAAGAAUACCACAGCUGCAUGCAACAUCACAGCCAGAGCUCCAGACCAAAACACAACCACAAGCAAUAACCCAGCUCAUAUUGCAGACUCACCCUCUUUCACAUUGGCCGAAACCACAUCACCAAUCACAUCCUCAAACCACGCCAUCACCCAAGUCAGAACUAAGCACUAAACCAACACCCAAGACCAAACUACAGAUCUUGCCUCUAACACAACCUCAAUUUACAACUCAUCAAGAGCCUCAAGCACAAGUCCAACCAAGUCCUCAGCCCACACCUAUGGCACAUCCCCGAACCACAACGCCAGCACCUCAGCACAUACUUCAUGUCCAAAAGGCACCAUCAAAGAUUCAUACCAGUCCCCAACCUCAACAACAGACUCAGUCUCCAAAUCAGCCACAAACCCAAACACAAUCUCAGACAAAGACACUCCAGACACAGCCCCAGCUAACCCUGCAUACAGAUAAACCAAGGACAUUUUUUGCCCAACCUGAACCCAGAGCACAAUCUAAACCCAAGAACCAGUCCAAUCCUCAGCUGCAGGUUCGACCGAAAAAACAACCAAAGCCCCUAACAAAGCCAAGAAAUAGGAACCAAACACAACAUCAGGCAAACAUUCAGCCAUGCCUCCAGCCUCAACCUCCUCCAAAGGCCCAAUUCCCAUCUGACCCUCUCUCUAAGCCACGCCAAGCUUCUAGGGCUCGACUACAACCACAGCCUGGGCUUCAGUUUCUGCCUCAGACCAGGAUCCAAUCUGACUGCUUCAAGGGCACCCUGAGGAAGGCAGUUCCUACGGCUCCUAGUCCACUAGAAGAGGGCAAGCCUCUACCAAGACCUGAACUGGCCACAGAGAAGGCUGAUAGUUACAAUCCUGGUACCGGCACCGUCAGAUCCUCCGUUGCUGAGGUCCCUCGUUCAACCAUUAACUCAUCAGUUCCUACAACAGAAAGAAACACCACAAUGUCACGCACCCGGGUUCCUCCUAAUCCCAGUAAUCAUGGUGUCAGAGCAUUUCCUUCAUCCAAGACAGUUACCUCCUCUCGUAGCUCCAGCAAAUCUGGCGCCAGUGGGGUGCAUCAUAGGGGCAAUGUUCUCCCUAAACCUGUGAUGAGGCCCAAAGAAAAACCUGCAGUCCAACAUCCCCCUGUUCCUGGCAACAAGAGACCAAACCUGGUGGGAAAACCUAGAGAUCAUGAUAAACCCAUGGACCUGAAACAAGGAAACAAGGAGUCCAUCUUAAAGCCAUACACGGGGGUCACAGCCAAACCAAAACAGGAGCGCAGGCAGCAAACGACCUCAGCAGCUCCAACAGUAAACAGCAGCCGUUUUGACAUGAAUGAAAACUCCUCCAUUUUCAGGCCUUUGCCUGCUUCAGAGGUAGAUAUUAUGGGCAAGAAGCGCUUUGUGGCUCCCCAUGUUAUCUACAAAACAGAUAAGAAACCAGAUGAGCCCUGCUCGAUCACCUCCUCUAUGGCUUACUUUCCUGAUGAGGAAGGCGGCGAUCAAAAUGUGACUGGUCCGCCUCGCAUGCCGCCAUCCAACCUCACUGUGGUUACAGUGGAGGGCUGCCCUUCCUUUGUCAUUCUUGACUGGGAGAAAACCGAUAAUGAAACUACAGAGUAUGAGGUUGUUUCCACAACCACUGGACCAAAUGGACAGGAGGUCUCUGUACUGACGACCAACCAGACGCAUACAGCUGUGGAGAAUCUCACUCCAGACAGCAGUUAUGAAUUCACAGUAACACCAAAGAAUGAGCAUGGAAUCGGGCCCUCCAGUGAUCCUGUGACUUUUAGUACUGAAUCAGCGGAUCCACGUGUGAGUGAGCAUGCCUCAGGCAAGGAUGCCAUCUGGACUCAGUUCUCAUUUAAAGCCGAUGCCUACUCUGAAUGCAACGGGAAGCAGUAUGUGAAGAGGACUUGGUACCGAAAGUUUGUGGGGAUCCAGUUGUGCAAUUCCUUGAGAUACAAAAUCUACCUGAGCGACUCACUCACUGGGAAGUUUUACAACCUAGGAGAUCAGACAGGCCAUGGUGAGGACCACUGUCAGUUUGUCGACUCCUUCCUAGAUGGCCGCACCGGUACUCAGAUGCUGGCUGACCAGCUGCCAAGCAGACCAGGAUUCUUCCGAGCUGUGAGACAGGAACCCGUCACCUUUGGAGAGAUCGGAGGAAAGUCACACGUGACAUACGUGGGCUGGUAUGAGUGCGGCACACCCAUUCCUGGGAAGUGGUGAGACCACUUACAAGACUGCCCUGGAGGAUGACUUUCUCUGUGCUGAGGAAGAGGAUGAGAUGCCUGAUUGGGCCUAAAGGGAUGAGAGCAUUUUUUUUCCUGUGUUACCAUGGAUACUGAAGAUGAACUCUCCCAACUUGGGCAGGUGUGAACCUUUAAAGAACUAUUGGGUGUUUAAAACCCCUGUAGCAGUGACAACUUCAUUUCUCUAUUUAUCAAAAAUAAAGAAGAAAAAAAAAAAAGAAAAAAGUCACACCAGAUGAACCAAAACAAUGAAUAUAUAGUAAUCACAGAGGUAAUGUUGGGAAGCUGGCUCCCAAAGUCUAACAACUUGUAUGAUAAUAUUUAUCAAAAUGCUGAUUCUGAAUACUCUUAUUGUGCUCAGAUGUUUGAGAUGAAAAAGUACAAAAAUGUUUCCAGUGCUUCCCUAUCUGAGUCACAUGUACACAGAAGAGUACCAUUCCUGCUUUCAUGUACAUGUUGACUAUGUAAAAUGCAACUAAACACAGAUGAGCAGAAUUGAUCUUCUGCUAGUCUUAAGGGAUUAUUAGCAGUUGCAGUUUGCACAGUAUUAAACUUUUGUUCAUAUAUGUAUAUGAUGUGAAAUACAGUAUGUUUUCCAGGGAUCAUAUACUAAAUGUAGUUGUCAAUUUACUCUGUUGUAAGACUGCGCAAAGGUUAAACAUUUCAGUGGUACAACAUGGAGCCAUUAUGUAUUUUUCAAUGCCCACGAAGAAACGCUUGAUGAACAAUAAUUUGUUAGAGCUGAACUAUGCAAAGUGUACAUAAAACAAAUCUUUGAUGCUUUCGUCUUUUUUACCCUUGACUUUCAUGACUGCAAUAGUUUAAUGUACCAUGUAUGUUGUAAACAAUAAAUUUUGUUUUUAUAUUUACA